AUGACACGUAGCCAACAAGGAAAACUUACUGAGUUUGAUCCAGAAAUCGAACGCACAUUUAAAAGGCGACUAAGAGAACAGAGAAAUCACAUUAAAAAGAUAGAGGGAGUUGAUGAUGGUAGAAAUCAACGUAGACUCUUGAAAGAUUAUGCUACGCCAACAGUUGAGGGCACCAUAUCAAGUAUCAGGAGACCUGCAAUUCAAGCAAACAACUUUGAGAUCAAGCCAUCACUGAUUCAGAUGCUUCAACAAUCAGUGCAAUUUAGUGGGCUACCAAGCGAUGAUCCAAACGCUCACAUCGAUGCUUUUCAUGAAAUCUGUGACACAAUUAAAUAUAAUGAAGUUUCAGAUGAUGUUAUUAGAUUGAGAUUAUUUCCAUUCUCUCUUAGAGACAAAGCUAAAGGUUGGUUCUCUUCUCUUCCUGUAGGAUCGAUCACUACAUGGAAUGAUAUGGCCCAAAAAUUUCUUGGUAAGUUCUUUCCACCUGCAAAAUCUGCAAAAAUGCGCAACGAUAUUACUAAUUUUAUGCAGAUGGAUAAUGAAUCAUUGUAUGAAGCAUGGGAAAGAUUCAAGGAGUUUCUUAGGAGAUGCCCACAUCAUGGAUUACCCGUAUGGAUGCAAGUACAAACUUUUUAUAAUGGGUGUAGUACAAAUCUCCGUUCUAUGAUUGAUGCAGCUGCAGGGGGAACUCUGAAUAAUAAAACACCAGAAGAAGCCUACAACUUAUUAGAGGAGAUGGCAUCCAAUAGUUAUCAGUGGCCUACUCAGAGGAUACCAGUGCGAAAAGCUAGCGGAGUUCGUGAGGUGGAUGCUUUCACGGCAAUUGCUGCGCAAAUUGAAGCACUCAACAAAAAGAUAGAUAAUAUGAGUGUUUCAGGCAUGAAAAUUCAGAAUAUGACAUGCGAUUUUUGUGAUGGAGGACAUGUUAGCACAGAAUGUCAGGUAGGUAACACUUUUGCUCAAUCUAAUGAAAAUGCUAACUUUGUUGGGAACUUUAACAGAUCACAGAAUAAUCCCUACUCCAACACGUGCAAUUCGGGAUGGCGCAAUUAUCCAAAUUUUUCAUGGAAUAAUCAAAAUGUGACGAGACUACCACCGGAAUUCAAACAACCAGAAGAGAUAAAGUCCAGUCUAGAAGAUAUAGUCACAAAACUUGCCAACACUACUCAGGACUUCAUCAAGAGCACAGAUGUGAGAUUUCAGAACCAAGAGGCUUCAAUCAGAAAUCUGGAGAUGCAAGUGGGGCAGUUAGCAAACAUGAUGUCUGGGAGACAACAGGGUUUUUUGCCUAGCAACACAAAGAAAAAUCCAAUUGAAAAUGUAAAAGCUAUAAUCCUGAGAAGUGGUAAACAAGUGGGUGAAGAAGAUACCAAACAAGAGAUUUCUAGAGACAAAGAAGAAGAGGUCAAGAAACAACCAAAGGAGAUAGGCAAGAGCAAACUUUUUCCAGAUAAUUUCAAGCCAUACGUGCCGCUAGUUCCAUUUCCUUAG